ACAUAGAAAAGGUUGCAGCUAGACCUCGAAGCAGUUGUUCGACAUCAUGGCUUUGUAUACUCGAGUUUCGGGGUCUGUAAGCGUGAUUACUCUUCAAAACCCUCCCGUUAAUGCACUAAGUGCGGCAGUGAGGCAGAGUAUUCUUAACACGAUGGAGCGAGCUCUCAGUGAACCCGAGGUGACGUCUGUGGUCAUCUGUGGUCAGAAUGGAAAGUUCUGUGGAGGUGCGGACAUCAAGGAGUUUGGAUCAAACGUGCGCGGACCUGAUCUGGUACCACUGAUCCAUCGAAUUGAGUCAGCAGCCAAACCGGUGGUGGCAGCCAUCGAGGGGAUCGCGUUAGGCGGGGGCCUCGAGUUGGCGCUCGGUUGUCACUAUCGUAUCGCUCACUCUAAGGCCAAACUUGGACUUCCGGAGGUGACUCUGGGUUUGCUACCUGGUGCAGGGGGAUCCCAGCGUCUGCCGAGGCUCAUCGGUAUCCCAGCUGCUUUAGAGCUCAUCACCACAGGUCGUCAUGUGACCGCUACCGAGGCUCUGCAGCUUGGGAUAGUCGACGAGGUCACUGAACGCAACGCUGUGGAUGCAGCUGUCAAGUUUGCAUUGAGUAUUGCAGGUAAAUCACUGGAUUCACGUCGAAUAAGCACCUAUCCGUGCCCGUGCCCUCCUGAUGUCGACGCCGUCUUUGAAACAGCGAUGCAGCGGGUGCGGCAGCGUGCCCGCGGAGCCAUCGCACCUGUUGCAUGCGUCCAGGCGCUUCGUGCAGCUGCCACGCUGCCCUACACCCAGGGUAUGGAGAAGGAGAGAGAACUGAUAAACGUGCUCCUCACUUCAGGCCAGGCUCGUGCUCUGCAGUACUGUUUCUUUGCUCAGAGAGUUGUCGGCAGGUGGAGUACGCCCAGCGGUGCCCGCUGGGACACGAGCAAGCCCAGACCCAUACACAGAGCAGCUGUCGUUGGGCUUGGCACCAUGGGACGAGGUAUAACUGUGGCCCUUGCGCAGGCAGGGUUUUCCGUGGUUGCAGUGGAGACCAACGAGAAGCAGCUGACUGAGGCAAAGCAGGCGGUGUCGGGCAUGUUGGAGCGAGGAGCUAAGAGACGCGGGGUCCCCCUAUCGCUCAAUAAAAUCAUUUACAGCCAUAAGAUCCAGCCUGUGACAGAUGUCGACCUGGUCAUCGAAGCUGUGUUCGAGGACAUGGCUCUGAAGAAGACCAUCUUCCAGCAGCUGUCGGCCAUUUGCAAACCAGGCACGUUCCUCUGCACAAACACCUCUGGAUUAGACAUCGACGAGCUGGCCGCCCAAACCCAGAACCCAGAGCUGGUGGUUGGAAUGCACUUUUUUGCACCAGCUCAUGUGAUGAAGCUGCUGGAGGUGGUGUACGGACGAAAGUCCUCCCCUCAAGCUGUGGCCACUGCCAUGGAGAUUGGAAAGAAAAUGGACAAAGUCAGCGUGGCCGUCGGAAACUGCAGCGGCUUUGUGGGGAACCGCAUGCUGAAGUCCUAUCUGGAGCAAGCCUUCUUCCUGUUGGAGGAGGGAGCAACACCUGAGCUGGUAGAUGAAGCACUGGAGGAGUUUGGGUUUGCCAUGGGUGUGUUCAGAAUGUCAGACCUCUCUGGGCUCGACGUGGGCUGGAAAGUCAGGAAGGCAAGUGGGCUGGUUGCUAUAGAAGCUUUAACAGGACCAUCCGCUAGAGUCCGUGAAGGCCGCAGGUAUAGCCCGCUGGGAGACCUGCUCUGUGAGCAGCAAAGGUUUGGUCAGAAAACAGGUAGAGGAUGGUACCAAUAUGAGAAACCAGGUGGUCGAGUAGCUGUGCCUGAUCCUUGGCUGCACCGCUUUCUGGAGGAGUACAGAGGCCAACAUGGCUUGGUGGCACGCCGCAUAGAUCACCAAGAGGUUCUGGAUCGCUGCCUGUACGCUCUGAUAAACGAGGGCUUCCGCAUUCUUGAGGACGGAAUAGCUGCAGGACCAGAAGACAUUGAUGUCAUCUACGUGCUUGGUUAUGGCUGGCCCCGACACCACGGAGGCCCCAUGUUCUACGCUGGGAUGGUGGGUCUGAACAAGGUCUUGGAGAGGCUGGAGCACUACCACCAGGUGCACCCUGAUGUGCCCAACCUGCAGCCCUGCUGUCUGCUCAGAAAGCUUGUGGCCAGCGGCAGCCCACCUAUCCAAAAAUGGAGGGAGGUCAUCAAGAAACCUCAUAGCCAGCUUUAAACCGCUUUAAUAUUGCCUACACAUGUCAACCAAAUGCUUCCUAUCCAAAAACGCUGAGUCAUUCGUUUACAUAGUGGCUGUGGAUGAUGGCUGUAGUGUGUAAAAAGAAAUGCUAACAAAACGUUUCUGCAUGCAGCAGUGCUGAUGGCAACAACACAUUAAGAGCAUAUAAAAUGGGCAAAGGCAAAUUAAAAAGAAUUUAAUUGGCUCAGUGUUUUCACAGCAGAGUAUUUAGACGUGUUGAGCCAGUAAUUUGAAUGUGAGCUGACAGUAAUUGGAGUAAAUUGUUGAGCUUGUAAAAAUUUACGGCUGCAGCCUCAGCAGAAAGAGGAAAAACUGUUUUAAGUGGACGGCGGCAGGAAAGAACGGACCUCCCGUGAUGUUUUUCAGUCGAUGAGCCAAUCUAUGAAGAGGAAAAAGACCUUGUGCAUCACAGAAAGGUUUCACAACAACCGCUUCUAGAAUCAACUCGAUGUUUUAAUUUGACAACUGUUUGUGCACGUAAAGUUUGAAGCCGAUUUGAUUUUACUACUGUUUUAUGAGAAAACACCUGCGCAU